GUAUUUUCUGUGCCUGGACGAUUUCCUCUAGAGAUGGCUCAAACAAGCGCGGUCUGUUGAUCUGUAGGUCCACCACGGCAUCUCAGCACAGGCCCUGGUUUUGAGCAGCACCAUGCUGUCACACAUGCUGGUGGGUCCUCUCUAAGAGACCAGCAACAGCGAGAGAGGGAGAGAGAGAGAGAAACGGGAAAACGAGAGGUGAGGCACCAACACUUACGAGCACAGGAGCAAGAGGCUUCUGGAACGCAAGGUCACGAGGCACUAAGACGGAGCGCAUUCAUCACUGGGCCACUAAGUCAACCUGCGCAUCCUAAUCAUCCAAGAUGAACUCCUUUUUAUCGAAGCUGGACCCCAGGCGCAUUGAGUGGGACAUGUCCUGGUAUGGGUUCCACUCCCGUGUGCUGCGCACCAAACCAAUGGAGUCCAUGUUGGAGGGCUCUGUUGACAUGCAUGGGACCAGGCUGGCGCAGGUGCUCACUACUGUGGACCUCGUCUCUCUCGGCGUGGGCAGCUGCGUGGGCACUGGGAUGUAUGUGGUCGCUGGGCUUGUGGCCAAGGAGAUGGCGGGGCCCGGAGUGAUCAUGUCCUUCAUCAUUGCGGCCAUGGCAUCGAUCCUGUCAGGAGUGUGCUAUGCUGAAUUUGGGGUACGAGUGCCAAAGACCACUGGCUCAGCCUACACCUACAGCUACGUCACAGUGGGGGAGUUUGUGGCAUUCUUCAUUGGGUGGAACCUCAUCCUGGAAUACCUGAUAGGUACAGCAGCAGGGGCCAGUGCUCUUAGUAGCAUGUUCGACUCCCUGGCCAACCACACCAUCAGCCAAUUCAUGAUCAAUCAUCUGGGCACUCUUAAUGGUUUGGGUAAAGGAGAAGAGUCUUAUCCUGACCUGCUGGCUCUACUCAUUGCUGUGGUAGUAACGGUGAUUAUAGCAUUAGGCGUGAAGAACUCUGUGAGCUUCAACAAUGUACUAAACAUCAUCAACUUGGUCGUCUGGGUGUUCAUGGUGAUUGUGGGCCUCUUCUUCCUCUCCGGAUCCAACUGGGACGAUGGCAGGUUCCUGCCCUACGGCUGGUCAGGGGUGAUGCAAGGAGCAGCCACUUGCUUCUAUGCCUUCAUCGGGUUCGAUAUAAUUGCUACUACGGGCGAGGAGGCCAAAAGUCCGAACACUUCCAUCCCCUACGCCAUCACCGCCUCCCUGGUCACCUGCCUCACAGCAUAUGUCUCUGUGAGUGUGAUCCUCACCCUCAUGGUACCCUAUAAUCAGAUCGACGAGGAUGCUCCGCUGAUGGAGAUGUUUGCUGCGCAUGGCUUUCUGGCUGGGAAGUACAUAGUGUCUGUGGGUGCCAUCGCAGGUCUCACUGUCAGUCUGCUGGGCUCUCUUUUCCCUAUGCCCAGAGUCAUCUACGCCAUGUCAGGCGAUGGCCUGCUUUUUAGGUUCCUGUCUCACGUCAGUCCACACACGGAGACUCCCAUGGUGGCAUGUAUCGUGUCUGGCUCCAUGGCUGCUCUGCUGGCCCUCCUGGUCAGCCUGAGGGACCUGAUUGAGAUGAUGUCCAUCGGCACACUGUUGGCCUACACGCUGGUGUCCGUGUGUGUGCUCCUGCUGCGCUACCAGCCCGAGAGAGAUGGCUUCACCACCAUCCUCCCGGAGGAGGCCGAGGCCUGGAAGAGCAGUGAGGUUGACAUCAGCUCGCCCACCAGCGAUGGAGGCGAAUAUGGCAACACCUGCGGAGCCAAGAACCUCCCCUCCAAGGGAUAUGAUGAGCGGCUGAUCACAUCUGACUCCGGUGGCUACCAGUCUGACAGCUCGGUCUACAGCGAGAAGGGCAUGGAGUUCGAUGACAAGGCAGAGGGCAUGCUGACCUGCCUGCUGAAGCGUGUGCUGGGGGCCAACUACUACACUUUGAGGAUACGUCUGGGCCUGCCUGAUUUGAGUGCCCAGCCCACGCCUGCUACGGGACGUACUGUCACCUCCUGUGUCUUCCUGCUGUUCUUCCUGUCCUUCCUACUCUGGACCCUCGUCAUAUAUGGCCUGGACGAGACCUCAGGGGCGGCGCUCUGGGUCCUGGAGCCACUUGUGAUGUCCAUUGUAGGCUUCAUUGCUUCCUUGAUUAUCAUUAUUCUACGGCAGCCGGAGAGUCCUAGAAAACUGCCAUACAUGGCGCCUUGCGUGCCCUUCGUGCCCGCAGCUGCCAUUCUGGUGAAUGUCUACUUGAUGCUCAAGCUGUCCAGCAUCACCUGGGUUCGCUUUGCCGUGUGGUGUUCUUUGGGUCUCAUGAUCUACUUCGGCUAUGGGAUGUGGAACAGCUCUCUGGAGCUGAGCGCCAGAGAAGAGGAGGCUCAUGCCAGCACCUACCAGAGGUACGAUGCCGAGGUUGACGACAGCUUCGCCGUUGAUGAAGAGUCCCACCCUAAGGAGAGCGCAGAGGAGGGCUACCAUGGCUGGGCAGCCGAGCAGAGGGGCUACCAGUACCAGAACCAGCAGCAGCAAUACCAGUAGUGAGCCAACAAACACAGAACACCUCCUGAUGGUUGCAGACCCCUGAGGCAGGGACAGGAGAAAAGGGCUUUGAGCAGCUGGCCAUUGAUGACAUGGGACCAACAAAUGAGGGAGGACUGCACAGACCAUUUGUGGAAAUGGCAAUUAGUAUUGGUUUGACAGCUGUUUCCACCUGACCAUAUUUUGUUAAACAUGACUAUAGUUGAGUAGUUUUUGUUUGUUUUUUUCAAAGCUUCUUUUUUUAUUUGCUUGACAUUGUACAGUAAUGUGCAAUUAUUAUAUAACUAUGUUUAUGAUGAUGGUAUCUGCAUUUUCAGAUCGAAAUUAAAGGCAGAUAUGCAUGGGAGGUCUGGAAAGGUAGUUCAGUUUGGCUCAGUCAGGAGAUGAAGCUGCCCACCCAUCUGCUUUGAAUAACGCUUCAAUAGUGCCUUCUCAUUUCCCAAUUACUCUAAUGACGCUUUCAAAAAAGAGAACAUGUCUCUGUGUCUGCUUGGUGUGUACUACAACUUGAAAUUCCCCAAAAUUAUGUUUGUCAGAGCCCACUUGGAACAAAAAAACACAAUGCAUGAUUUUGUUUUUCCUUAUUUUAUAUGAAAAGAAAAAGCAAUGCAAGUUUAUCUUUUCUAAAGAUGCCUGUACUUCAUAACAACAUUCAUGCGGCUGUCUUGUUUUAAGAGGUCAGUGUACAGAAAUAUGACUGGCAUGGCUGAACAAAUAAUACAAAACCUUUUCAAAAUAUUCCACAACAUUAAUAUCAUGUUAUUUAUAUUGUGGUUUGCAGAAUAUUUUACUGCUGUGGUUCCCUCCCCCAGCUGUUCGAAUCUGUAUGUCUUUGUUCCUGUUUUAGAUUCAGCUAUGCGUAUAACUUUUGUCUCAAAAUAAAAAGUGUGUAAAUAUA